AUGGCAGCUUACUGUCAAGAACUAGGCAAAUUCAACCCUGGGCUGAAGGUUGUAGAAGUUGGAGCCGCCAGCCAAAAGGCACGUCUGGGAGACCUUGUCGAUGUUGUGGAAUUCCGGGUGCUAAAUGCCGCGCAAGAUGUCCAGGAACAAGGGUUUGAACCAGGCAGUUACGACCUGGUUAUCGCUUGCAAUGUUAUCCAUGCAACCCCUCGGAUUGAGGAAACCCUUCGCAACAUACGUCCUCUACUCAAACCAGGUGGCAAAUUUAUGAUUAUGGAGGUUUCUCGUUCAGCGGUGUUCUGUAACUUGGUCUUUGGGCUUUUCGAGGGCUGGUGGGCUGGCUAUGACGAGGGUCGUACACUUACGCCAAUUCGCACACCCCCUGAAUGGCUUUCUAUGCUACGGCGAGCAGACUUUGAGAACCCUGAAAAGGUGUUUGAAGAUUACUCGGAGGAGCAUGGCGGCAAUCUGAGUGUGUUUAUUUCCAGUGUACGAUUCCCGAAAAGGGAAGAAAACAUGCCCCCCGUCUACCUGGUUGCAGGCUCAGAACAGACCAAGUCUCAAGCCACUGCGGAACAAAUUCAAUCAAUACAGAAGGGCUGUGGUGACUGUACAGUCUGCAUUCACUCCAUCACCGCUUCGUCCCAAGCGGGUGGCAUCGUUGUUAUGCUUCCCGAAGUGGCCAAAUUACUGUCUGGAUUUGGGAUGCCCGUGCAUGCCGAAACGGGGAUUUGGUCUGGCUUCGCUCGAAGCCUUCGACUGGAGCAUCCAAACCUUUGCGAGGUCACCUUGGAGAUCCAGACGCCCUACGUUGCGGUUUUGGACAAGCUUGCGGAAAUUCUCCCUGUAGAAAAAUUCAUCGGCACCGAACGCAUCUUGACUGCAGAGCUAGGAGUGCCGGGCCUGUUAGAGACGAUCCGCUGGAAGGAUGAUGUUGAAGCCCCUUGUCUCGGUCCGGAUGAUGUGCGUUUUGAGCUGCGUGCGGCUAGUAUUAACUUUAAGGAUGUUCUCAUUGCAGCCGGUCAAUUGGAGGGCAUCACUGAGAUGCGCAAUGAUUGUAGUGGCGUUGUAGUGGAGGUCGGAGCCAACAUGCAGGGGCCUUUCAAGCCUGGGGACCGUGUUUGUGCCCUAUAUUCGCCCUCAUACACCAACUACCCGGUGGUGCACGGUGACUGUUGCCAGAUUAUACCGGACUCCAUGCCCUUCGCAGAGGGUGCAUCGCUGCCUAUUGUCUGGGCGACUGUGUAUUGUUCCAUCGUCAACAAGGCUGGUUUGAAAGAAGGGAGACAAGCUGGGGCCGUGGGCCAAGCAGCCAUCAUGCUUGCACAGCAUCUUGAAGCUGAGAUAUUUGCUACCGUCGGUAGUGAUGCCAAACGUGAUUUGCUCCAUAGUAGAUAUGGUAUUCCGCAUGGCCAUAUUUUCUCAAGUAGAACAACGGCCUUUCACGGUGGCAUCAAAGAACUAACUGGGGGAUACGGCGUUGACGUUGUCUUGAAUUCACUCAGUGGUGAGGUCUUCCGUGAGUCUUGCAACCUCGUUGCUCCAUUCGGACGAUUCGUGGAAAUUGGGCGCAAGGAUCUCAUGGAUGAUGCGCUUAUGCCCAUGGAGUUCUUGCUCCGCAAUGUCACUUUCGCGUACGUCGGCUUGACGGUGAUUAUUGAGCAGAAGAAGGGUCUGGCAAGGCGUCUACUUCGUGAUGUCGUGGACCUCGCAGCAGCCGGCUCGAUCAAGGCAGUCACUCUCACUACAAUCCCGAUAUCUCAGAUCGAGACCGCAAUCCGCCAGAUCCAGGCAGGCAAGCACACCGGAAAGAUCAUUCUCACGGUAGACAAGGAUCAAGAAGUUCUGACGGUUGCAUCGUCGCCACCCCAGGCUCAUCCCCUUCCAUCUGCCACAUACAUUGUCGUUGGUGGCUUCGGCGGGCUGGGACGAGCAAUUCUUUCAUGGAUGGGUAACCACGGUGCUCAGAACCUCGCCGCAAUCUCCCGUUCGGGUGCCAACGAUCCGGAAAGCAAAGGAUUUGUGGAGCAUAUCCAGGCCCAAGAUGUUAACCUUUUGGCAACUGGCUGCGAUGUCUCAUCUGAUGAAGCUGUCCGUUGCUUAGCUCAAAUCAUUGCGCAGUCCGAUCUCCCACCUGUUCGCGGUAUCAUAAAUUCCGCAAUGGUAUUGAACGAUUCCCUCUUUGAAGAGAUGACAGUGGAACACUGGCAAAACGCGCUGGCCUCGAAGGUUCGCGGAUCCCAGCACUUGCAGCAGCAUUUCAAAGAUAUCGACUUCUUCGUGAUGAUGUCCUCGACGGUUGCUAUCCGCGGGAACUUUGGACAGUCGAACUACAGCGCUGCCUGCAGUUUCCAGGACACGAUGGUGCGGCAUCUAACCGCCGCGGGCAUCCCAGCCUUCUCCAUCAAUAUCGGUCCCGUACGAGCGGUUGGCUACGUGAGCGAGAAUCCAGAAGUUGCUGAAGCUCUGAAGCGCAACGGUCUGGGCUCUCACGACCAGGUCGCCCACCCGGCGACUGGCGAGUCUGUCGAUGCUCUGAGCCUCCUCGGCGGCGUGACGCAGGUUGAGCAUGCCGUCGAUAUCAUCUGCGGCUCCAUACUCCAGCAACUGAGCAAAUUGAUUGCCCCCCCGGUUGAGAUGCUCAGCUCUGCUCAGAGUCUUGAUAGUUACGGUCUUGAUUCCCUGGUGGCUGUCGAGCUUCUUUAACUGGAUGGGUUGGGUGAUCAGAGGCAAAAAAAUAUAUAUCUUCCCUCUGGCAUGGCUAGUGAGAAAAUCGAGUUGAUGGAAUGGAAUACCGUAUCUAUUAAAGAAUGGUAUUUUGCGCAAUGAAUUACUCCUAUUAACGGGUUCGUGAGAUCCAUAAGGUAUUUACAAAAAAGACAUUCUCCUCAUGAACGCCAUGAACGCCAUGAACAACUUCUCUACGUCUCUCUGACAAUCAGGCAUUAGCCAUGAAGUGGAAUCGACCGAGGACAUCCAUCUAUUAUGCGAUCGUUCACCAUCUUCCGUGCUAGAGAAACCCCCAGACCCAAAUCCAAGCUCCUGUAUAUCUAUGCUAUGCUUUUGAAAAAAAAAAAAAAAAAAAAAAAA